GGCUUCCUCCAGGAUGCUUUCCCACACCUGGAGGAGAGUUGGAAGAAGGAGCCUAUUGAGGUCUCGGAGGAGAUGCACCCUGAGGGGGACUCAUCCUGCCCAGAGAAAACGGAGCUGUUGGCCCCGGGGGGGAAAAAGUGCAAACCAGUGGUAACCAAUUGGCCUCCUCUCAUCCAUUUGCGUUUGAGGACUUCAGAUGGGUAUCGGUCUUGACAGAGUUGGGCUGCUUCAGCAGAAAAGGCUGGGUUUUAAAAACUAUUUUUGGAGGGUUGUUUUAUUCUGUAAGUGGAGGGCAGAAGAAGAGGAAGGAGAGGAGAAAGUGUGUUUUGUGACAAGACCCAAAGCAGGCCAGGUGGAUCCUCUCCCCCACACACACACACACUUUGGGCUCCUUUCUCUCUGGAAGCCCAGUGAGCCGGAUCCUAACAGAGCAUGGAAAAAAAGCAUGCCUUGGUUUUUUGGUUUGCACCUGCUAGAAGUCCCCCCCUCCACGGCCAACGAUCAGUGCCUCCAAAAAGUAACUUUUCCAAACUCUGAUCACUUCUCCUUAAGCGAAAAAGGAAGGGAAGAGUCUGAGAAGCGACGUGGCGCAAACUGCCCUGAUGUGCACAGGCGAUCGCAGCAGGAAGAUGAAGAGGCCUCCUCCCAUCCGCCCAGAUUCCCCUUCCCAGACAGAGGUGACACAAACUGGGCUGUCUCCGCCUUGGUGUUCCCUGGGCGGCCUGUCCCGGCUCGGAGGCCUGAAAAAUGGGACAGGAGGACAACAUGGAUGGGAAAGAAUGCCUCGGUUCGGUGGCAGCAUGACCAGGAUUUCCUGUAAAAUGGGCCGAAGACCUCCGUGUUUUGGAAGAAACCCCUACAGUAUUGGGUCUGGGAGAAGGUUGACAUCCAGGACUUGGAAGAAGCGACGACAGCCAAGCUCCGGCAGCAGGACCUCCACUUGGGGGACGUCCAGUCCACUCGCCCGUCCUCUCGUCUGCACGUCUCCUGCAGCAGGUUCAAAAUGACUUCUGCCACCAAGGUGUAUUACAGCCAGACCACCCAGACCGACAGCCGCCCCCUGAUUGGCUCCACCCUGCGCAAGAGGAGGGUCAUGACGAAGGAUGGGCGGAGCAACGUGCGCAUGGAGCACAUCGCGGACAAGAGGUUCCUCUACUUGAAGGACCUGUGGACCACCUUCAUCGACAUGCAGUGGCGCUACAAGCUGAUCCUCUUCUCGGCCUCCUUCGCCGGGACGUGGUUCCUCUUUGGGGUCAUCUGGUACCUGGUGGCCGUCCUGCACGGGGACCUGCUGGAGUUCGACCCCCCGGCCAACCACACGCCGUGCGUCAUGCAGGUCCACACCUUGACGGGAGCCUUCCUCUUCUCCCUGGAGUCCCAGACCACCAUCGGCUACGGCUUCCGGUACAUCAGCGAGGAGUGCCCGCUGGCCAUCAUCCUGCUCAUCAGCCAGCUGGUCCUCACCACCAUCAUGGAGAUCUUCAUCACAGGCACCUUCUUGGCCAAGAUUGCCCGGCCCAAAAAGAGAGCGGAGACCAUUAAAUUCAGCCAGCAUGCGGUGGUGGCUCAGCACAACGGCAAGACCUGCCUGAUGAUCCGAGUGGCCAACAUGCGCAAGAGCCUCCUCAUCGGCUGCCAAGUCACCGGGAAGCUGCUCCAGACCUACCUCACCAAGGAAGGAGAGAACGUCCGGCUGAACCAGGUCAACGUGGACUUCCAGGUGGACACGUCUUCCGACAGCCCUUUCCUCAUCCUGCCCCUGACCUUUUACCACAUUGUGAAUGAAAACAGCCCCUUCUGGGACCUGGCUUUGCGGACAGGAGAAGGAGACUUUGAACUUGUGGUCAUCCUCAGUGGCACUGUGGAAUCCACCAGUGCCACGUGCCAAGUUCGGACCUCCUACCUCCCCGAGGAGAUCCUCUGGGGCUACGAAUUUACCCCGGUCAUUUCUCUCUCGGCCAGUGGGAAGUACGUGGCUGACUUCAGUCUGUUUGAGCAAGUGGUCAAAGUGUCCCCUCCUUGCUGUCUCCAUGAAACCGUGCGGUUUGGUGACCCAGAGAAGCUGAAGUUGGAGGAAUCCUUUCGGGAGAAAGGGGAGAGGGACAGCACCCCCUUGAGUGUCCGGAUCAGCAACGUUUGAUGCCUGUGAGAACUCGUAAGCCCAGCGGGGCAGGAGUGUUGUGUUACAGCGCUUUCUUAGUUCCCAGAUUCCCUUCGCACCCUCUCCCUGUGUGGCGGUCCCUCCUUUCCCCUUUCAAGACAGAAGUUCGGCCAGCCUGUUUUUCUGUUUAGGAACCUGUAAAGAGAAGGCAAGGUUACUUUUCCUCUUGAGGCAGCCAGUCAACGCUCACUCCAGAAUUCAGCUUCACCUCCAUGGUCUUGACCCAAGUGCUGGAAGUAUUUUAUUUUUUAACUGUGCUCAUUUUGAAACUCAUGGAGUGGUGGAGCCACUGCUGAAAAAUCUCCAGGUCUCAAUUGUCACUGUGGCAGCUGAAUACACACACCAGCAAGCUCUCCCAUCUUAACAGGGAGGAGGAAAUUGCCCAGCGUACUAUCUUUUCUAUAAAACACUGGGACUUCUUCUGUUAUUGUUGUUUCCUUUGGAAAUGCUUACCAUGACAUUUUCCCCUUAAUUCCACUCAAAGAAGAAAAAUAGUGAUGGCUGUGCGAAAAAGGAAGACAGGGAAAAGAGAAAAGUGACGGGGCUGUCGUGGAAGCUGCGCCUCACCGCCUCAGACCCCCCGUGGACGGUCAGAUUGAAUUCUACGAGUAAAAUUCAACCAGCUGAAAUUCCGUUGUGGUCACCCCUGGAUACCUCAGGCCUAGCUGGAACAUAUCACCAGAGCAGAGACAUAACUCUGCAGCUCUGCUCUUUUAAGGCAGAACCUACUUUUUCAUAAAUAGCUGUUUAAACUUUUUGUGAUUGUUUAAACCCAUGCCAGUCCUUUCUAUUCUUCCAAAGGGGUGGAAAAAGGACAUCGCCAGCGUCAAAGACCACGAAAGGUAUCAACAUUCAGUUUUCUUCCUUCUUCUAAUAAACUCCCUUCUGGAAACUGAUAUUUUCUGUCUAGAACGGAAGAGGAUGGUGGGGGAAGCCACCCUUCCUUGAAGUGCUUUGUAAGCAUUCUAGAGUCAGGCAGAAUCUGGAAACGGUCUCUGCCUCUGGAACCGGGACGUUGCGCUACAUGUCAAGGGCCAGCCUGGUGCCCCUCCAAGUGGUGCCCCAAGAUGAGAUCUCCCCCCAGCUCCCCGUCAGCAGCUGGGGGCGCGGGGAGGCUGUGGCUGUUUCAAAGAGGUUCUCUUAGCCAAUGC